CUACUGUCACUCAAUAUCGACAGCCCAGGUUAUACCUCCUUUGGAACUAUAUCACCACUUCCAAUGCAUUGCCUGGUUGUUGGUUGUUUCUUUGUUUUUGGCUGCAGCGCCAUGGACAACUACUUGUUCCGAGCUAGUCCUGACGGGACGGCAGAAACCCUUAUGUCGAAGGGUAGAAAUCCUUGCGGCUCUGAUCCUAUUGAUCAUUUUGCAAGUGGCAGUACCCCCAUGGAUCACGUCGAAUGCAUCUCCAACACGAAUUUUUUGCCUGCAUUUUCUUCUAAUGCGGCGCGCGAUGAAGGAGGAAUGUCAAGUUUUGUCAAGUCUUCCCAACCGGUCCUGCUCACAUCAAAACAGCAGGUCAGCCAUUCGGAGGAAGAAAGGAAGUUCGUCGCGGAGGAGAUGGAUCCAUCAUCAAGCAGUGCCUCUGACAAGGGAAUCAAACGCGAAAGCCCUGAUCGUCUAAAGAUUUACAGCCAUUCACAAUCUUCUACUCUGGCUGAACCGAUGGGCCUUGAAAGAAGACCUCAUAAAGUGAUCAAACUGCUCGGGUUUUCAAUAGUAACUCCAGCGGACCCCACUUCGGACCUUGAAGGAAUAACAAAACAUUCAAAGCAAUCCGGAGAGUCAAGCUCUCCUGUUAAAAGUGAAAGUGACAUAGGAGAAGUUAAGCCACUUCAUUCAUUCCUUUCUCGAAAGCAUAAGAAAAUAAGUGGUUCAAGUCAACACAUAAUCACACCAGCUGCUUGCAAGAUAGAGCCCACAAAAGGUAGUUCAGAGGCAGAUCCGACUUCGACUAAUGACUCUAUUAGAAAAGCAAUCAAGAAAGAAUAUCAAUCAGAAGUUUUGAAGUUUGAUGAGAAGGUAUUCCGUCCCUCCCCUAUUUCCGGCAAAAUCAAUCAAAACAUAUCCGAGAUCUUGAAGAUCUUAUCGGUUGAUCUCAAACUGCAGGAGAUUGUUAUGACAGAGAAACAGUUCAUACGUUAUUGUAUGUUUCUUUAUCAUAAUCAGGAUACAAACUCCGAAGGGAUCUUGAUGAAUGAUGACGAAAGACGCAAACAGAAACUUGAAUUGCUCGACAAGUUGAUGGAAAAUCGCCAGCAUUGGUACAGACAUUGGCUCAAGAGAGCAAAUCUCAACCUGGAAAACUUCCCGGAAAAUCUGAAUGUCAAGAUGAGAAACCUGAUAGUGAUGUAUCUAUUUUAUGUGGAGAUGAUUAGCACGAUUGUCCCAGGCUCAACAGAGGUAGGCUCAGAACUGACCAAAGCAUUCGAAUUUGCGCAAACCAUUUAUGGAUCAAGAGCAUCAAGCCACAGAAUAAUCGACACUGAAUUCUACCAGAAAACCUUGAAAAUCAAGAAGAAUGUGAUCAGGUCCAUCUCCCAUACCAAUCUUUUUCCAAGCUUAUGGAAUUUCUUGAGGCUUUGGAUGGAAGCUUAUAGAAUCGAUUUCCUUGAUCUGAUCAUCAAGAAUAGACUCUGGGAUGCUACAAAGAGAUUCUUUAACAAGAUCUUUGUUCACUCAAUUGAAAACCUUAACAUACAAAUGCAGAAACAUUCCUAAUACAUAGUGUAUUCAUAUUCCCACACCCAAUGUCUAUUCCAUGCCCAUCAAAACAGCAGUGAGUGAUUUCCUUGUAUUCUGAAUCAUUUUCUUCA